AUGGCCUGGCAAGCCCCACACCCAUGGCUGCUACUGCUGCUGCUGCUGCUGUUCCCAGGCUCUCAGGCACAAUCAAAGGCUCAGGUCCUUCACAAAGAGGCAGGGCAGACUCUGACGGUGAGAUGUCAGUACCCAUCCACCAGCAGGCUCUACGAGACAAAAGGCUGGUGUAAGGAGGCGUCAGCAUUCAAGUGCAUCAGGUUAGUCACCAGCUCCAAGCCCAGGACGCUGGCUUCGAUCUCUCGAUUCUCAAUCUGGGAUGACCCUGAUGCUGGCUUCUUCACUGUCAUCACGACUGAUCUGAGAGAGGAAGACUCAGGACACUACUGGUGUAGAAUCUACCGCCCUUCUGACAACUCUGUCUCUAAGUCCGUCAGAUUCUAUCUGGUGGUGUCUCCAGCCUCUGCCUCCACACAGACCACCUGGGCUCCCCGCAACCUGGUCUCUUCACAGACGCAGACCCAGAGCUGUGUGCCUCCCACUGAAGGAGCCACAGAAGACCCUGAGUCUCCAUCUACCAUCGCUGUCCCUUCACACCCAUCCUCUCCCCUUCUUGUCCCUCUGCCUUCUAGGCCACAGAACUCCACACUCCGCCCUGGCCCUGCAGCCCCCAGCGCCCUGCUCCGUGUGCUUUGUGGACUCCUCGGAGCCAAGAGCCUGGUGCUGUCGGCCCUGCUCGUCUGGUGGGUCUUAAGGAAUUAGCAUAUGCCACAUCAAGGGAGAUCUCUGCUGCGCCCAGCUCAGUGCAAUCCCCAGGCCCAUAGACGCUUCCCACUGAGCCACAAGACCCCAGGUGGGCAGCAAGUCUCCAAUAAGGCUGGGCUCCCAGGAGCUCCUCCCGGACCUCUGCAUUCUCUGCAAAGAAAAAGCCAGAACUUUAUCCAAGGCCUUUGGCCACAUCCUCUCUACAGAGCUGAGGCUUUCCUCCCAGGCCCUCUAUUUGCCCACCCUCAGUUUGCACUGGACCCCGUUGUGAGAGCAAAGCCCAACACCUGCAGCACCUUUUCACAAGCCUGAGUCACUGAUGACGAUCCCUCCUCCCUGCCUCCUCCUCCUAUCUAUAGCCCCAGAUAAAAGAAAAACUUGGCCAGGUGAGCUGGCUCACGCCUGUAAUCCCAGCACUUUGAGAGGCUGAGGCAGGUGGAUCACGAGGUCAGGAGCUCGAGACCAGCCUGGCCAAUAGGGCAAAACCCCAUCUCUGCUAA